CAACAAAACAUGUUAACAAGUAAAUGUCAUUUCUGUUUACAUCUGGCUAUUAGCCACCCUGAUUUAUAUUUUUUCUUUCACUUCUGAACUUGGUUCUUAUAUAAACUUGACAGUUUUCUGUGUCAACAUUAAUAAUGUGACCAAGCCAGACACACGUUUCAGAUGUGUUUCUCUUAGUCACAGUUCUUCCCCUUCUCAUAUUACAACUCACAUGACUUGCCUUUUGCUUUCAAUUUUGAACAUUUGCAUUGUGAUCUCCUAUUCAUUCAGUUUGUCUUUGAUUCACCCACAGGUAGGAUCUUUAAAUCUGGAAAGUCAUCCAUCUUAACUAGGUUUUUAAAAAAUAACUCACUUUUUUCUAAUUAAAUCCACCACAGUUUGUGGGUUUUCUUUACUUCUUAAAGUAUUUUAAUCACAGAAAUAAUGGCUGAAGCAGGUCAAAGACUGGAGGCUCUGAGCUGCAACAAAAGCCUUUUACGAAUCGUUUCCCUGCUGUUUCUGGUUCACAUCGGACAGUCACUGGAUUUUCAAAGUGAGCAGCACAAGAUCAUGAAUGGCAUACAGAAAACAAAGGAAGGAGUCAGACUCCUUAUGGAAAGUGAAAGUGGUACUGAAUUUAUCUUAACACUUUUGGAGAAAGCUAACUCUGUGGCAAAAAAGAGGCAGCUUAAAUUAUUUCAGCAGUAUCUUCAAGAAGCUGUAGAUGAAGCAUACAGACAGAAGGUAGAAAAAAAAGCUGAAACUACAGUAUAUGCACAACAGUUUCAUAUGAUGAUCCCAGGAUAUUUUGCUAAAAGGCAGCAAAUGCAAACUUCAUCAAAUCCACUGAUGGACAGCCUGGACCAAAUAGUUGAGAUAUGUAGAAGUUACUUUGAGCUAAGGAAAAACUUAUUUACAGGGGAAGCAAAGGAAACAGAGACCAAACUGGAGUAUACAUUGAAGAAUUUAAAAUCCCGGCAAAACAUUCAUAGUCUUGUUGGAGUAAUGAUAAUUCUCCUGUUGCUGUUGCUUUGCAUAGUAGGAGCGUAUAAGGUAUGUUACCGGGUAUUUACUUGGAUAAUAUGAAUAUUUUGAGAUAAAUACACAUGUAGAACUUGAAUGUUGUCGGUCAGGGAACUCCAGGACGAGAUUGUUUGUGUCUGUUAAACCAUUUUUGUGUUGACUGAUUCAAUUGUUUUUUUAUCAAUGUUCAGUUUUAAGCCUGGAUUAUGUGGGAGAGGUCAUUAUUUCUGUUUACAUGCUACCACAUCUCAAAAAAUUAAUAAAAAUGAUGCUUGAUUGGAUUUUUAUGGUGUUUGUUUCUUCAUAUAUUUUAACUUCCUGAGUCCACAAUUGCAAUAAGUCAUAGAUUUUAAAGUGUGAAGAGUAAUCUAAGGUUUUGUUGAAGA